AUGUACUCCUCACGACUUGCCCGCCUCUCGAGCCGACGGUUGUGGCUGGUCAACCAUUCCGCUCGUCGGUUCCAGUCGACCGAGCCGCCACCCGCGGGCGGUCAUUCACCAUCCAUUGCGACUUCAUCUUAUCUUCGCACCACACGCGAUGCUGCGUUGCAUGUACCUGGUCUGCGUUGGGUAGAUGCAGAUAAUAGCCGACUGGAGGAUGUUGCUGCCGGAAGAGAGACCCGCAAGAUGAACGUGUACCAGGCUGUGCGAGACGCCAUGAGUGUUGCGAUGACAAAAGACGAUACUGCCGUCGUAUUCGGUGAAGACGUCGCGUUCGGAGGCGUGUUCAGGUGCACCAUGGGGCUGGCUGAAGAGUUUGGCCGAGAACGCGUUUUCAACACUCCAUUGACUGAACAGGGCAUCGCAGGUUUUGGCGUUGGCUUAGCCUCCAUGGGCCAUACCGCAAUUGCUGAGAUCCAGUUUGCAGACUACAUUUUCCCUGCAUUUGAUCAGAUAGUCAACGAGGCUGCGAAGCAUAGAUUCCGCUCAGGCGGUGAAUUCGGUGUUGGCACGUUAACGAUACGGUGCCCAACGAUGAGCGUCGGCCACGGUGGUCUGUACCAUUCCCAGAGUCCUGAGGGUUUCUUCAUGGGCGCGUCUGGUCUGAAGAUUGUCAUCCCGCGUUCGCCGUUACAGGCUAAGGGACUGCUUCUUGGGUCAAUUCGUGACCCGAACCCGGUUAUCUUCAUGGAGCCUAAAAUCCUGUACCGCUCUGCUGUUGAGCAGGUCCCAGUAGACGACUAUGAACUGCCCCUCGGCAAGGCCGAGCACCUGACUCGUGGUAAUGACCUGACGCUUCUGACGUGGGGAACGCCCAUUUACCACUGCGAGACCGCUUUGCACAUGUUGGAGACGCCACCAGAAUCUAUUGCGAAGCACGUGCCCACCUCUAUGCGUUCCGCUAAGGUCGAGCUUAUCGACCUUCGCACCAUUCUUCCUUGGGAUGUUGAUGCGAUCGAGGAAAGCGUUCGCCGAACUGGACGCCUAGUGAUCGUACACGAGGCCGGUCGUACUGGUGGUGUUGGUGGCGAGAUCGCUGCCGAGAUCCAGAAGCGAUGCUUCCUCAAGCUCAACGCACCGGUCAAGCGAGUUACCGGUUGGGAUACCCCUGUCCCAAUGCAGUACGAGAAGUUCUACAUUCCGGACGCACUGCGCAUCCUCGAUGCCGUGGUCGAGACACUCGCAUACUAAACUAUCCAAGCACGAAAGACGCGCAUUUUGUAACAUGCAUUACAUGUACAGCCUUUUUGGUUUACGACCCGUCGCAGUGUCCUUGCGGUCGCGAGGAUCUGCUAUAUCGCCAGCGCAGACUACAUGUCAUGGCUCGGCUCGGAUAUGGUGAUCAUUGUCCGCAAACGCUCUUGCUCGAGCUUGGACACCAUACAGCUUGCUGUACUCUUCACUUAUGCCGCUCCAG